AGGAGCGUUUGUCUGUGUGUUACUGGUACACAGAUGUCAGGGUCUUUCGUGUCUUAAUAUUAGUUCAACUGCCAUCACUAGCCAGGGGAAUAUUUCCGGGACGACGACCUGCACCUACAUGGAAUGAUGACGACGGUAAUUUUGUGCGUGUCCUUGACCCUGGCUGGCCUUUUUAGUUGUUCUCUCUCAUCGCACGUGCCCACCAGUGUAGACCUCGUAUCGAACCUUAUCAAGAUCUGUGUUGAAACAGCAGUUGAACAGAUAAACUCCGAACUGACGGUCAACCACGGUGGUCAUUCAGCCGGACAACACUCUUCACAUGGACAACACUCUUCACAUGGAAAACACUCUUCACAUGGACACCAAGCCCAAGUUAUGCACGCGCCUGGCAACAAAGCACACAGUGGACACUCCAAAGGUCACGGUCACAUGGAUCACAACGAAGGUGGUCACUCGCAUGCGCACGUGCGAAUUCUAGAUAGGAAUGCUCGUGUCAUAAGACGAGUGCAGGAAAACUUCAGAAAAUUGACCGGAGCCUGGCCGGAAGCCAUCAUGAAAGACGAGAUGUUGAAGAAGGAAUGGCGAAAGCAAGUGAAGCCACAUUGUGAUUUCAUGGCGCCAAGUUUCACGUGUGACGCUUCGGCUCGGUACAGGACCGCAGACGGAACGUGUAAUAACAUGGCCCAUCCUUUAUGGGGUAGUACCAUGACGCCACAAACUCGGUUUCUGCCACCGAAAUACGAAGACGAAAUCAACGCACCACGGACAAAAUCGAUCAACGGGAAACCACUGCCGAGUGCUCGACUGAUUAGUAACGUUGUCCAUAGCAACACAGGUCAUAGUCCAGUGUACAGUAAAAAGAGCACUAAUAUGUUCAUGGCGUACGGUCAGUUCCUGGACCACGAUAUACUCCAUACACCUGUCCUGAAAGAUGAUAACGGGAAGGAUAUGCAAUGCUGUCCGCUGGGAAAUAGGGAUGAACAUUGCUUCCCGAUUGCAGUCCCCCUGGAUGAUCCUAUGUUCCGAGGAUGGUGCAUGAGUUUCGUACGAUCAUCAGCCACGCCUCUCCCGAACUGUGACCCAGGGCAUCGGGAACAAAUGAAUCACCCUACGUCUUAUAUAGACGGAUCUGCCAUAUAUGGCUCCAACAAAGUACACCAGGAAGAGCUUCGCCUCCAUCACCACGGUCGUAUCAAGCUGUCGGCAUCAGGACAUCUCCACAGCGCUCCGGAUAACGAAUGUAUUCUGUCAUCUCCCGGACAUCACUGCUUCCAGUCAGGUGAUGGUCGUCGUCACGUGACCCCGACGUUGACGUGUCUACAUCUGUUGUUCGUAAAAGAACACAACUACAUUGUCGACACGUUACGGACAUUGAACCAACACUGGGACGACGAGCGGCUCUUCCAGGAGGCAAAACGAAUCGUAUCGGCCGAGCUACAACAUAUCGCAUUCUCAGAGUAUCUGCCGAUUGUCAUUGGUCAAGAGCAUAUGGACCAGUAUGGUCUUUACCCAACGACACACAGCUACAAGACGGUGUACGACGAAACGGUCGAAGCCUCCACAUCGAAUGCUUUUGGUGCUGCGGCGUUUCGAUUUGGACAUUCUGAGGUUCCGGGAGUUUUAGCGAUGAUGGCAAGAAAUUACAGUCUCAUUAAAGCAAUUCCUCUCCACACCCAAUUCAACAGACCCGAUCUCAUGUUUGAUUCUAAUGGAGACGAAAACCUGAUGAGGUGGAUGACCAAUUCUUACCACGACCGGAACGAUCGUCUUCUACAGGAUAGUGUUCGAAACUUCCUUUUCUUGAAGGAUGACGGAGAGAGUUUCGAUCUAGCUGCCAUAAACAUUCAAAGGGGGCGUGACCACGGACUUCCUCCCUACAACACGUGGCGGAAGUGGUGUGGUCUACCGACUGCCUUACAUUUCGGGGAGAGACUCGGGAGACUUAUUGACCACGACCAAGCUACAAGAAAACUCUUGUCUAAAGUAUACAGUCACCCGGAUGACAUAGAUCUCUACACAGGAGGUCUGUCAGAGAUACGUCUUCCCGGCGCUGCGACGGGUCCCACGUUUGCUUGUAUCAUAGCAAGACAGUUCAAGAAAUAUCAGAGUGGAGAUAGAUUCUGGUACGAGAACGAUGACGCGGAAAGCAGGUUCACACUGCCUCAGCUGAACGAAAUCAGGAAAACGACCCUGGCUUCAGUAUUGUGUAAAAACACCGGUACACAAGUGACUCAACCAUCAGUAUUCCUAGCUAAUAACGACUUCAGCAACAGAAAGGUUUUGUGCAGUCAGAUUCCUUCCAUUGACCUGUCGUUUUGGAAGGAACACAGUGAGGCGGGCAGUCAUACAUUCCAAUCACCAAUAAGCCCAGUGUCCUUCCUCAAUCCACUGCAGAGCCCUAAUAGUCCAUACGUUUUCAAGGAUGUCUUCAACAAGUUAUUGCAGAACCUACGCCAAAGAAUGCUCGUCAAAGUAUGAGAAUCAUGAUGCCUCGGAAUAACGUCCAUCAUCGUUACGGAGUAUAACCAUAUAUGGAACUAGCAUCUCCAGAUUUCCGACCAUAAAUAUCCAAAACAGUUUUCUUAACAAAGAAUGAAUAUACUUAUAGAAAGGAAAUGCAUAUCAAAUAAACACAUUGUUAUUUGGACACUAAAUACAUAUUGAUGUUUCAAAUGUCUUUUUGUACACUGACUGACGAAUUUUACUUAACAUAUAUGCAUUUAGUUUUAAAGAUAGUUUGUUAUGAAAGGCCAUGAAUGCGUUUUUACUGAGCUAUUUUAAUUCAUUUGAUCAAUAAUUUGUAACUUUUGUACUACAAGUGUUAAACAUAACUACACGAAGGGAAGUACAAGACUACAUCGUAAAGUAAGAUCAUAAUCUCAUCUUUUAUGAGAGAAUUGCAACUGGUAAGUGUUGGAUAUUGUAUUUCAGAAACUGAAUAGCCCAAUGUCUACACCAGUUCAUCUAUAUAUAUAAAAUGAUAGAAACAGUCUUCUCUGAUAAAAUAACAACAUACAUGCAUAUCACAGAGCGUAUUCUGUUCGUACAGAGAAGAUCUCUCUUGAAUGUUAUCAGUUGUUUUUAUAUGUAACACAUUUUUCAGAUGUAACUUACUACUUAACGAAGUUUGUUAAUACCAUCAUUAUAUUGUUUUAAAAUGAAAUCGUAAUCAUUAAACGCUGUUCCAUUGAAUCCCAUAUACAAACUACUGUGAUCAGAAUAGCGUUUAUUUGACGGAUUUUGAUUAACUGUUGCAAACGAUAUAUCGUCCUAAAGUGGGAACGUCUGUAUUUAGUUUCAGCAUCGUGAUUUCACUGUCUUUGCCAGAGAGAUGUGUUAAUCUCAAGAAGAAGAAAACAAAAAUGACAUCUUUUAGAUUAUUUUCUUUUCAUAUAGAAAAAAUGUUUUGUAGCGAGAUCUUCCGCGAUGUAUACUUUAUAUAAUUAUAUUACUAAUUUCGUUAUUGAUAAUAGGUGUAAUUGAUGCUGUAUGUGCAAAUUAUAAUAACGAAUUCUAAACCACUCGUAUUACAAAGUCGUGGUCAAUUGUAAGAUAUGUUUCAUUUAACACUUAAUCAAAGAAAAGUAAAAUACCCGAAAUGUUUAUGAAAUGUUCUGAGGUAGCAAAUAAACACAAAUCAAUAUUUCAGAAUAUAAUGUAGCGUAAUGUAUCAUUUAAAUUUAAAAAUAUUGCACAAAAUAAAUAAUGUCGACUUCUGUCAUUUAAAUGUUGAAUAUUGCCACAUCCAUGUGAUAUAUUUCUCCGGAAUGCAGGCAAUUCGUUUUUAAGUCUAUGUAGUUGUUGCUGCUACAGAACUAUUUUCUCAUAACUUAAUCACUAUUUAGAUGGAUAUUUUAAAUAAUAAUGUAUUGUGACUUAAUAUGUGUAUUUGUGUUUAUCAAUUUAUCAAAGCCGACAACUUAAAUUUAGUAAAUUAACCAAAACAACCCAUUGACAAAAGAUAUUGCAAACCAAAUUUUGCAUUAUUUCACAAAAAAACAAACCAAUCUGGAAUAAAUUCAAAAAAAUCAAGGAAGAUUAAGAAAAUUUUGGGCAAAUGAAAUUCAUUAAAAAUUAAGCUUUAUAUCUAUUAUUAAAACUGAAAUUUGAGAACCGUUCAAAAGGUGGUAGAAGUGUGCAUUUGUCAUUAUUUCAAUGUUUUUAGUUGUGAAUGUUAGAAUGGGAUAUGAAUUGAAUGAAAGAUAAACAGUUCACUAUUUUAAUAAUGAACGUCCGGGAAUUCCGGAAAGAUCCUCGCACAUGAAUGAAUGAUGAAAUUGAUAUAUGUGUUUUGCAAUUAGUGAUAUAAAAAAAACAACAUUUUUUACCGAA